GGCGGAGGAAAAGGAAGCGGCCCCGGUGCUCCCCGCCCGCCGCCGCCGCGCGUCGCCGCAGCUGGGGCGCGGCGGGAGCAGAGCUCGGGCGCGGGGCGCUCGCACCGCUCCGCAUCGCACGGACCUGCCGGCAGCCCCGGAGAUGAGGAGAGUUUGCACGCUGCCCCUCUGGCUCUGGCUCGGCAUUGUCUCGGAGGCAGAUCUGGUGAGCAGCUAUUCUAUGACCCCUCCUACUCUGAGCAUCACCAAGGAGGAGCACGUCAUCAACGCCAAGGACACGCUGACCAUCACCUGCAGAGGCCAGCACCCUUUGGAGUGGUCGUGGCCAGGGGGCAAGGUGGAUCCUGCUGGGAAGGAGGAGACUGAGUUGGUGGCCUCAGCAGCCCCCAGCAGCGGCUGGGCAAUCCAAGAAGAAGACUGCGAGGGGACCGGCACGAAGCCGUACUGCAAAGUGCUGGUGCUGACGGAGGCGCAGGCCAACCACACGGGUUACUACCGCUGCUACUACAAGUACAUUGAUGCCAAAGUCGAGGGCACCACAGCAGUCAGCACCUACGUGUUUGUGAGAGAUUUUGAACAGCCAUUUAUCAACAAGCCAGAGACCCUCCUCAUCAGCAACAAGGAGAACACUUGGGUACCAUGUCUCGUGUCCAUCCCGGAUCUUAACGUCACACUGACCUCGCAAAAUUUCUUCAUCCACCCUGACGGCAAGAGCACUUUAUGGGACAACAAAAAGGGAAUGCAGGUACCCACACACUUGAUCAGGGACUUAUUGUAUGUCCACUGUGAGACUGUAAUCGACAAGAAGGUCUUCAAAUCCAAUUUCUUCAUCAUCCAUAUAGCAGGGAGUGAACUGUAUGACAUUCAGCUGUAUCCCAAGAAAGCCAUGGAGCUGCUAGUGGGAGAGAAGCUGGUCUUGAACUGCACAGUGUGGGCUGAGUUCAACUCUGCUGUUGGCUUCCACUGGACUUACCCUGGCAAACAGACGCAGCGAGCACUGAUCGAGUCUGAGCGCCGGUCCCUGCAGACACAAACAGAGCUCUCCAGUAUCCUGACCCUCCACAAUGUCAGCCAGCAGGACCUGGGAAAGUACACAUGCACUGCCACCAGUGAUGCCCAGAUGCUGGAGGAGAGCACUGAUGUCAUUGUGCACGAAAAGCCUUUCAUCACUGUGGAGUGGAGGAAGGGCCCAGUGAUAGAAGCCACUGCAGGAGAUGAAGCUGUGAAGCUGCCAGUGAAAGUCGUGGCCUACCCCCCACCAGACUUCCAGUGGUACAAGGAUGGAAAGCUAAUUCCCAAGCAAUCUCAAUCUUCAAUGCAGAUCAAGGAUGUGUCGGAGCAGCAUGCUGGGACAUACACGCUGGUUCUGAGGAACAGGCUGGCAGGGCUGGAGAAGCACAUCAGCCUCCAGUUAAUUGUCAAUGUUCCUCCACGCAUCCAUGAGAAAGAAGCUUCUUCCCCAAGCAUCUACUCCAAGAGGAGCCCCCAGGCCCUCACCUGCACUGUCUACGGCAUCCCAGCACCGGAGGUGAUCCAGUGGCAGUGGAGGCCAUGGAUGCCCUGCCGGAUGUUCUCCCGACGCAGCCUCAAUAGCAGGCACCGGGCAGCAAGGCGCCAUCAGCGGGACCGGAUGCCCGAGUGCAAGGACUGGAAAGAUGUGUCACAGCAGGACGCCGUGAACCCCAUCGAGAGCAUUGACACCUGGGUGGAGUUUGUGGAGGGGCGGAACAAGACAGUCAGCAAAUUGGCCAUCCAGGAGGCCAAUGUCUCAGCCAUGUACAAGUGUAUUGCCUCUAAUAAAGUGGGUCGAGACGAGAGGCUGAUCUACUUCUACGUGACCACCAUUCCAGACGGGUUCGAGAUUGAGUCCCAGCCCUCGGAAGAGCCCAUCGAGGGGCAGGACCUACAGCUGAGCUGCAAUGCAGACAACUACACCUAUGAGAACCUGCAGUGGUACCGGCUGAACCUCUCCAAGCUCCACGAUGAAGAGGGCAACCCCCUCGUGCUGGACUGUAAGAACGUCCACCACUAUGCCACCAAGAUGCAGGGGGACCUGCGCUUCCAGCCCAACUCCAACGAUGCGACCUUGCUGCUCACCAUCCCCAACAUCUCCCUGGAUGAGGAGGGAGAUUAUGUGUGUGAGGUGCAGAACAGGAAGACUCGGGAGAAACACUGCCACAAGAAAUACAUCUCUGUGCAGGCCCUGGAGAUCCCCCGCCUCAAGCAGAACCUGACAGACAUUUGGGUGAACGUCAGCGACUCCAUAGAGAUGCGCUGUAAAGUGGACGGCAACCACGUUCCUGAAAUCAGCUGGUACAAAGACGAGAAACUGGUGGAAGAAGUGUCAGGGAUUGACCUGGCAGACUUCAACCAGAGGCUGAGCAUUCAGAGGGUGAGAGAGGAAGAUGCUGGGCUCUACCUGUGCAGCGUCUGCAACGCUAAGGGCUGUGUGAACUCUUCAGCCAGUGUCUCUGUGGAAGGCUCUGAUGACAGGACCAAUGUAGAGAUUGUCAUCCUGAUUGGCACUGGAGUUAUUGCUGUUUUCUUCUGGAUCUUACUUAUUCUCAUCUUCUGCAACAUCAAAAGGCCAGCCCACGCAGACAUCAAGACAGGCUACCUCUCCAUCAUCAUGGACCCUGGCGAGGUGCCCUUGGAGGAGCAGUGCGAGUACCUGCCCUAUGAUUCCAGCAAGUGGGAGUUCCCACGAGACCGCCUGCGCUUGGGUAAAGUCUUGGGUCAUGGUGCCUUUGGGAAGGUGGUGGAAGCAUCUGCAUUUGGGAUCAAUAAAAGUAACAGCUGUGAGACUGUAGCAGUGAAAAUGCUGAAAGAGGGAGCUACUGCAAGUGAGCACAAGGCACUGAUGUCAGAGCUGAAGAUCCUCAUCCACAUUGGGAAUCACCUCAACGUGGUGAAUUUGCUGGGUGCCUGUACCAAACCCAAUGGUCCACUCAUGGUUAUUGUUGAGUUCUGCAAGUAUGGAAACCUCUCCAACUACCUGCGGACCAAGAGGGAAGGAUUCAGUCCUUACAGGGAGAAGUCUCCCAGGCUGCGUAUUCAGGUGCAGUCCAUCGUGGAGGCAGUGAGAGCAGACAGGAGGAGCCGCUCUGGGACCAGCGACAGCGCCAUCUUCCAGCGCUUCCUGCUGCACAAGAGCCGCACGGCGCUGCCCAUCCAGGAAGUGGAUGACUUGUGGCAAAGUCCCUUGACAAUGGAAGACCUCAUCUGCUACAGCUUCCAGGUAGCACGUGGCAUGGAAUUCCUGGCAUCCCGAAAGUGCAUCCACAGAGACCUGGCAGCUCGCAAUAUCCUGCUGUCAGAAAACAACGUGGUAAAGAUCUGUGACUUCGGCCUGGCCAGGGACAUCUACAAGGACCCCGACUAUGUCAGGAAAGGCAGUGCCCGUCUCCCACUGAAGUGGAUGGCUCCAGAAAGCAUCUUCGACAAGGUCUACACUACCCAAAGUGAUGUCUGGUCUUUUGGGGUUCUUCUCUGGGAAAUCUUCUCAUUAGGGGCAUCUCCAUAUCCUGGAGUCCAGAUCAAUGAGGAGUUCUGCCAGAGGCUCAAAGAUGGUACCAGGAUGAGAGCCCCAGAGUAUGCCACAGCAGAAAUCUACCGUAUAAUGUUGAGCUGCUGGCACGGUGAUCCAAAGGAGAGACCAACUUUCUCCGACCUUGUGGAGAUACUGGGGAACCUUCUUCAGGAAAAUGUCCAGCAGGAAGGGAAAGAUUACAUCCCGCUGAAUGACUCUCACAGCUCAGAAGAUGAUGGUUUCUCCCAGGUGCCUUCCUCUGCCCAGCAAAACUCAGAUGAAGAGGACUUUGACAUGAGGAUACGCUGCCACAGCCUAGCAGCAAGAUACUACAACUGUGUCUCAUUCCCGGGUUGUUUGACGGGAGGAAAUCAGAUCAGGUGUCCAUCCAGGAUAAAGACAUUUGAAGAGUUUCCCAUGACACACACAAUGUACAAGGCACACCCGGACAAUCAGACAGACAGUGGGAUGGUUCUGGCAUCUGAGGAAUUUGAGAGGAUAGAAAACCGACACAGAAAAGAAGGUGGAUUCAGCAGUAAAGGGCCCAGUCGAACCAUGGAGCUGUCAGGGGAACAGUCGGAGCUGCAGGGCAGAUAUCGGCCGUCAUAUGGGUCCCAAGUCGGAGGCCAGACUUUUUACAACAGUGAAUAUGGGGAGCUGUCGGAACACUCUGAGGAUGGCAGCUGCACCCCGCCUGGAGAGGGGGCCAGUCCACCCACUCUCCACGCUUCCUUCUUCUCCGAGCAGUACUAAUGGCACCAGGCCCUGGAGGCGACUGCCAAGGCCCUCCAGACAUGUCAUCAGGGUCACUCAGAGCUUCUCCUUCAACCUAUGCCCAAACCCAACCAGGAACCUACCCCAAAAGGACGGGGAACACCAAUGUCCUUGGAACUGCAGCAUGAACCAUACAGCACCUCCAGCUGCAGCUUCCCUGUGCCACGACUGGAGAGAGCACAUCACUGAUUCCUCAUAUUUCUUUUAUUCCUGCACCUCAGACAGAUGCAUUCUGCCCGAGAGUGGGUGCCUGUGUUCAGCACUGUGGCACCUUCUGCCUAACAUCCAGCCUCCGCUCAGAUCAGCUUCCCAUUCAGAAAGCCCAUUUCAGGUCAGAUAUAAAUAGCUCUGUCUUAGUCUCAAGUUUCUUCCUGGUGUGCAGCCUGAAUGUUUUUCCUUGGAUUUCUUCCUCCUCCCCUCAUCAUGAUGUCAGCUGCUGAGCUGCGAAGCAGAAUCAAAGGGAAGAAUCCCUAGUGGUAUUAGCAGCAAGAGCAGGACAUUUUAAAGAGGUGUACAGAGUGAUCCUGAGGGAUCUUUGUAAAUGUUUGUGCAUGCUGCUCAUCCUGAGUAGGUGUCAGCCUCUCCAUCUCCUCUGCAAGCUACACCCACACCCCUCUCAUAUCUGCUGGGGGAAACCUGCCAAUCUGCCUUAUCACUAGGAUUAUUUUAGCCAUCUCAACACAGCUAGUGCUGAGUAGGUCAUCAGCGGAUGGCUAAAGUGCUCCCGGUGAGAUAAACAGCAAUUUUUUGCAGGCCGUGUGCAAAACAGGUCCUUUUAUGAUCUCUGCUGGGAGCAGGUUACUCACAGGUCUGCUGCUCUUGCCUUCCCCUUCUCCCAGAAUGGUGCUGAGAUCAUUUGUUGCCCAAGCAAGAAAUUAAAGCAAAGCUAGGUUAAUUUGAGCUGGCUGCUAAACAUAGAGUUUGCUGGGAGGAAAAAGAUCAAAAGGGCAGGGAGUGAAAUGUUUAUUUUCAAGCUGCUGCAAAGCAUUUUGGAAACAAUGGAAGGAACAGUGCUCCAGCAAUAAGGUGCUCAGGGUUGCCUCCCCUUGCGUGUUGACAUCACUGAACACAUGGAGCCCAGCCAACCUUGCCAGGGUUCAAGCCCUGAUUCUCCUGGAUGGACAGUUUGCACCAUGACUUUUCCUGUCUCCCAAGUUCCCUGACUCAAAGGAGGCACACUCUGCCCAGCGGGCUCCUCUUGUUUCUUUUGCAGAACUUCCAGCAGAGCAGACUUGACUCCAGAGGAUUAAGAAACAGUUAUUUGCUGAGGAAACAUCUCCUCACUUUGGUCUUUUGUUUCUAAGAGAUACUACGUGAAUUCUGAGCUCUGGGGAACCUCCGCAGCCCCUCUCUAUAGAUUUCUGUACUGCUGCCUCACCAAUUCCCACCUACUUCUUUCCAUCCUGCUCCCAGUCCAAGAGCUCAGCCACAGAGCACGGUUACAUCACCGCCUCAGGAGUCUGGUUGAAAAGGCUCGUUUGAACAGCUUGUCAUCAUCUCUUCUCCCACAUGCCUGUGGCUGGCAGAGCUCUGUGCACCAGAGCAUUUCAGCACCAGGGAAUUACUGCUUGUGGGCCACACCUCUGUCACAGAGCCAAGGGUUUGGACUUGUAAAACUGUGUUUCCUGUCAGAUGUACAGCUUUCCCAAACUGUAUUUCUUUUCCAGCAGAGGGUUUUACGCGUUUCCCGACGUAAGCCUGUGAGCUCUUACGGAUGAUGUUGCCAAGUCUUAAUUAUAGUUCUCCACACAAGU